UCAGAGGGGCCAAUCUGAGAGCCCAGCCUUCAGCACUGAAGCUUUUUCUCUUCAUUUCAAGGCAAAUUCUCGCUCUCUGAUAAACCCUCAAGCCACAGUAUCUGCUAGGCAGGAAGACUUUGAUGAAUAUAGCAUGGCGAACAUGGUGAAGAUGGGAACAUGAUGAGAAAUUUCUGGUCAUUUUCAAGUUUCCAUCUUCCUACCGACUUAGCAUGGGGGAAUCACAGCAAUAAGCUUUUCCUUCGGCCCUUCUGACUUGAUUCACUACCUCAUAUAUCUGUCAAACAUAAUCCUGGAACGGAGCAGUCACAAAAAACUGACCCAGGUCCACCACCAUGUGCUAUUAUGCAUGGAGAUAUAUGUUCAUGGCAUCCUUGGUCACCCUGGGAUUCUCCCUUCAAGAAAAUACAGAACAGUUUGCUGACUACAGUGUAUGGGAAGAGGAUGUCAUAUCUCUGCAGAUAGUCCAGGAUCGAACCAACUCUGAAAUUGAGAAGCAUAUGGACACCUUCAAGGAGAUGCAGAAAAUUUCUCCUCUUCUCCAACGCGCUACCUACACCCUCCUGGCUGGAGCUGCACCCCAGGAAAAGAUACAGGCUUGGAAGGACCUCCCUUGGGCGGUCCUAGAGUUCUCCAGCCUGAGAUUCUCUGGGAAAGUUUUCCACACGAGUGACCUCGCCCGCCUGGCUUCCUUCUUCCUCCUCUUCCCCAAGGACACUCCCACGCAUGUCCUUCUCUCUGAACUCCCGUUUUUGUCUGUUCAAAAUGUCCCGAUUCGUUUAGGCACCUCCAUAUUCUCCCACAUGAGCAAUUACUCUGAGUCUGAGGCUGCCUGCUUUCCUGUGGAGGAAGAUAUGGACUUUGGUGAACCAGACAACCCCGCUGGUGUCGUCUUCACCAACAUGAUGACCAAGAAAGACAUCCCACAGUAUGCCUAUGUCCUGAGCGAAGACAGCUUCUCCACCCUGGAUCCUUUGGAAGGCAGCUACCUGAUGGUAAUUCUAGAUAGACCGCAAAAAGUCACCCGGAUUGUGGUAAACACGGGCUCUGAAAUCAAAGGGAUGUUCCGACUGGAGCGGGGACAAGUCCUCCUGGGCUACAACCGCCUGGAGAAUGUGAAAGGCUGUGCUCACUACACCCUUUUGGGGCCACUGGUGGCAGGGAAUUUGGACCAGAGGGUGUUUUAUGAAGAUUCUGAAGAGCAAAUAAGUUGUAUAAAACUGCUAGUGGUAGCACCUCAGGAAUCUUGGCUCCUGAUUAGAGGGAUCAAAGUCUGGGCAGAGCCUGAGGAAGAGUAGAGUGAGUGGGAGCAAUGAUGAUUCUGGUAGGAUUGGGUUUGGAAAUGGUUUGUGGAUGGACAAAUAAAUCUAAAAACUGGUAAAGCA